AUGAGCGGAGCCGACGAAAGCGAGGAAGUUGAUCGCCAUGUGCUGAAGAGAUACGAAGUUGGCCAGAAGCUCGGCAAGGGAGCCUAUGGCAUCGUAUGGAAGUCAGUGGACAAGAAGACGAAGGAAACCGUGGCUCUGAAGAAGAUCUUCGACGCCUUCCAGAAUGACACCGACGCCCAGCGCACCUUCAGAGAAAUCAUGUUCCUCCAGGAGCUGGAGCACGAGAACAUCAUCGGCUUGCAGAACGUCAUGAAGGCCGAAAACGACAAGGACAUCUACCUCGUCUUCGAAUAUAUGGAGACGGACCUGCACGCCGUCAUCCGAGCCAACAUCCUGGAGGACAUCCACAAGCAGUACAUCAUCUACCAGCUGCUCAAGUCGCUCAAGUACAUGCACUCCGCCAAUGUGCUGCACAGGGACCUGAAGCCCUCCAACAUUCUGCUGAACAGCGACUGCCUGGUCAAGGUGGCCGACUUCGGUCUGGCCCGGUCCAUCAAGGCGCUCGAGGAGAACAAGGAGGAGAACCAGGUGCUGACGGACUACGUGGCCACGCGCUGGUACAGAGCGCCCGAGAUCCUGCUCGGCUCGACCAAGUACACCAAGGGCGUCGACAUGUGGAGCGUGGGCUGCAUCAUGGGCGAGCUGCUCCUGGGCAAGCCCCUCUUCCCCGGCAACUCCACCAUGAACCAGCUCGACAGGGUGAUCGAGGUGACCGGCCGCCCCUCGACCGAGGACAUCGAGGGAGUGCAGUCGCCCUUCGCCCUCACCAUCCUCGAGUCCCUGCCGCCCUCCACCCCGCGUUCGCUCUCGGAGAUCUUCCCCAAGGCCACCGAGGAGGCGAGGGACCUGCUGCGGAAGCUCCUCAUGUUCAAUCCCGAGAAGCGCAUCACCGCCGAUGAUGCCCUCAAGCACCCCUGGCUGUCGCAGUUCCACAACGAGGCCGAAGAAGCCGUCCACACGGGCAACAUCGAAUUGAUCAUCGAUGACAACAAGAAGUUCCCCAUUGCCGAGUACAGGAGCACGCUCUACAACGACAUCAAGAAGAAGAGGAAGGAGAGGAGGCGAAGGGCCAAGCUUCUCAAGAAGGAGAAAACCGAUCAAGCCAAGGUGGUCAAGUCGGAAGAUAAGAAGGAGAAGCGAGGCAGCAAGAUCCUCAAGAAGAGCGAGGAGAAGAAGGAGAAGAGGAGCAGCAAGAUCUUGGGCAAGCGGGAGGGCAGCAAGAGGGAGAGCCGAAAGGACAAGAGCGCCUGA